GUGGGGAUUAGCCCGGUUAGUUGUACGUCGCAGACGUUCUUGCAGUUGCAUCCGUGUUUGUAUCCGGUGCCGAACGUGGAUGAUUAUGUGAUGGGGGAGGAGCCGUUUUCGGUGUUUCCGUCGGGGAGGGUUGUGAAGUCGGAGGUUAACGUUGGGUUGCUUAGGAGGUGGUAUGAGACAUGCCUUGAGACGCACGGGACGAAGUGUAGUCAGCCUCCUUGGCUCGCGCCGGAUACCUCAUGGCCUGCUAGGCUUCGGCUAAUCGAUGUACGUCGGCAAUGUCUUGUUGAGAUGUCAGAUCCGUGCCCUUAUUUCGCGCUUAGUUAUGUAUGGGGUGACGAAAUGGGCCCUUUCCAGACAACCCUUUCGAAUAUCGAGGAAAUGAAAACACCAGAUUUUCUCCGAAGUCAACCGCUACCGAAGACCAUCGUGGAUGCAAUAGAAUUGACUAAUCAGAUGGGGGUAGAGUUCCUUUGGGUUGAUCGGCUGUGUGUUAUCCAGGAUUCUGAAGUCGAUAAAGCCAUUCAGAUUCCUCAGAUGGACCUAGUCUACUCGAGGGCAGAAUUAACAGUUGUCGCAGCAUGCGGCACAGCAACUGAUGGACUUCUGGGGAUCAACGGCACAAUCCGUACCAUCAACCAGCGCAUAGCACGUGUGUCUAAAGAUCUAAGCCUAACAGAUGUCCUUCGUCUCGACCAAGAGUACCAGGAUAGUAGGUGGAAAACACGAGGAUGGACAUUCCAAGAGGGCCUCUGCUCCCGUCGGACUCUCAUCAUCGCUUCCGACCAAGUAUUUUGGAGUUGUGAAACUUCCAAAUGCUGCGAGACCAUCGCCUUCGAGGCCUUUCCCACUGCCGUCGCCCCCAACGACAUCACUUACUCGGUGCUAUCCGGUCACAAUGUUUUCGGAGAAUUUGGGGGUGGUAACAAUUUCGCGUACAGCGAGUUAAACUCGAUGAUCAAGGGGUACUGUAAUAGAAAGCUUACCGUGCAAGCAGAUGUUUUGGACGCGUUCUCAGGGGUAUUAAGGAGGGUUGGAGUUAAUACGGGACACGAAUUUCACUGGGGUCAUUCCGUCUCGACAAGAUUUGACGAGAGCUUAGCUUGGAACAAUAUCGUCUGGUUUCCGGAUCGCAAGUGGGAGUCACACCAGCUUCCAGAGCGGCGACGGGAACUACAUCGUGUGAUAUCGAGUGAUGGGACGGUUAAUAGGGUACAGUUCCCUAGUUGGUCUUGGCUCGGGUGGAAUCACAUAUUAGGGGUGAACCGCGCCGCGCCACGGCAGGUUGUGCUGGAGCCGGAGUUGAAUAUUAUGAAGCUCAGUAUGGAUGGAAAAGCUGCCCCAUUACGUUCAUUCCCAAAAGAGAAGCAAUUUGAGUCCGCAUCGAAGAUCGACAUGUGCGGUAUUGACAACACGACUUCAGCGGGCUGGAAGGAGAACACGACGAUCGACCCUAGCUUACUAUACCAGAACAACGAAGACGGAGAUUUCAAGGACUCGGGCCGCCUUCUCUUUUGGACGAGCCACGCGGUGCUAAUCUUGGAAGACAACAAGAUAUAUAACGAUAAGAAAGAGGAGGUUGGCGAACUAAACCCAUUUCUACCAUCCCAAGCACCCAAGCUAUCCGGGAAACAUUCGUUCCUUGUAGUAUCGCGGAAGCACAACGAUAACAGCCUCAAGGUUCUCAAGGCGGAGAGGAAACUUAACGUCUUGGUCGUAGAGUGGGAUGACCCUUUUAGGCGUGUUGCUUCGCGGAUUUGUGCGGGCGAAGUUGAUGAAGAGGCUUGGGUUGGGCUUGGGGAGGUACGAGAGUGGAUAUUGGUGACGCUGGCAUAAUCUAGGAUAUAAUUUGCAACUUGUUCAACUUGAAGCCUAGUAUUUUUAUCCAGUGUCAGCGUUCCUAUGGACCGUUCCAG